AUGGGUCCAUACAAUUGGUUCGACCUGCCCACGGAGAUCCGCUUCAGGGUUUUGGAUCUGUUGGCUAACACACCAACAGACAAGAAUGAGCGCAGGGCCUGGCCCAGCAUCUGCUGGGACUGGCGCCAUUUCUUCGAGGAUCGCAACUUCUCGAGUCUGAUGCUUCGGUCUUAUACACAUAUUCACACGUUCUCCGACUACGUCACCGAUCACCUCCGAGAGAAAGUCAAGCGCAUCAGACUGCAUGUGCCCCUCCAGGUCUACACCUGCAGAGACUGCGAUAGCCCAGAGGGCAAUCGCAAUAUCAAAGCCAACAACACAGCCUUCACGGGACGACUUCUACUUCUACUGAACAAACUCGCCGAGUGGCAUCCUGCAGGCGAAGGGCUCACGCUUGAGAUCAGCGCCGCCUCAGCCAGCGAUACGGCGCACAUCCUGGACGACGCCCCGGUAACAAGACAGCGGGGGCUCUGUAUGGUUUCUUGGGGAAUACGUUUACGCAACUACCACGGCCCAGGCGUCCAUCUAGCCAAGAGACGGCUUCUCGGGAACCUUCUCGACAUCGACACGAGCAUCGACCCCAGAAGCCGCGGCGCUGAUUUGCGGUUCGACCAACUCCAGGCACCGGUCGUUACACAUUUCAUCGUCAGCCGCGAGUCGCGUCGAAGUCUCUCUGCAGAGGCGAUAGAUACCAUCUUCAGUUGUCUUCCGAGACUGCGAGAGGUAGUUUACGAGCCUUGGCGCGGUAUAACGGCAAAAGACAGAGGGGAGCGUAACCGGGCGACUCGACACCUGCUCAGACGCUUGCCGAAGACGGUGAGCAGCGUUUCGUUCCAGGAAGCGCGGGCGGAAUACUUGAACGAUGGCGUCGUGGCCGGUGAUGACCCGCGUCUUACGUCCGCUUGGGACGCCCCCCGUCGGUUCCAGCAAUCUUCCAUGCACGAUCUCAUAUUGGCUCAGUGCCGCAGAGACUCCAGCCUAGCCCUCGACGCUGUCGCAGCCUGCAACCAACUACAGUCCUUCAGCGCGUCCUCGCCCAUCGACGCGUUAGAAUUCCUUCGCGGCUUCGGUGCCACGUCUCUGGGCAGCUAG